AAGACGGGCUCUGACUGGCCGCCUGGGUCAGGGGCCGUCUCUACCGCUGGGGUCAGGUGGGCAUGGACAUUGUGGUUCACAGACCCCCUCAGGCUUCACAGGCUGGGGAAGGGGCUUCCAGAGACAAGAGGGAGAGGCUGGGACGGUGUUACCGCGGAAGGGCACCCAGCCUAGCUCCAGGAAUUUGGCUGCUUGCUGGUCCAGAACAGUGGAUGGGACAUUUUGGAGACAAGUGUUUCCCCACUGGCAUGGUGCUCAAGGCCUGGGAAAGUGCAGUCUCUGUUGGCCACCCCAAAAUGGACGAUAGUGUCACCCGAGGACACCAGAAUGGCCGGGAAGGUUGGUCUCAGCUCAUGAAAUCCAGUUUCCAGCAGCCCCCUGGACACCAGCUCAGCUCCCCACUGAGCUCUCCAUGAAGGAGGCACCACCAAGGGCUUUGCUGGAGGAGACUCGCCUGCAGGCCGGCGUCGAUUACGGCAACACCCUGAGUUGCAUCCGCACGGUGUACAGGAGGGAGAGCGUGUUCGGCUUCUUCAAGGGCAUGUCCUUUCCCCUUGCGAGCAUCGCUGUCUACAACUCGGUGGUGUUUGGGGUCUUCAGUAACACACAGAGGUUCCUCAGCCAGCACCACGGCAAGGAGUCCGAGGCCAGCCGGUCCCGCACCCUGUCUGACCUUCUCCUGGCCAGCAUGGUGGCUGGCGUGGUCUCUGUCGGGCUGGGGGCGCCCGUGGACCUCAUCAAGAUUCGGCUACAGAUGCAAACACAGCCAUUUCGGGAAGCCACCCUUGGUUUGAAACCCGGGGCAGUGGCUCUGGGGAAGCAGCCAGUCUACCAGGGGCCUGUGCAUUGCAUCACAACCAUCGUGCGGACCGAGGGCCUGGCAGGGAUGUACCGGGGCGUGAGCGCCAUGCUGCUGAGGGAUGUCCCGGGCUACUGCCUCUACUUCAUCCCCUAUGUGUUCCUGAAUGAGUGGAUCACACCUGAGGCCUGCACAGGCCCCAGCCCCUGUGCCGUGUGGCUGGCCGGCGGCAUGGCAGGAGCAAUUUCUUGGGGGACAGCGACUCCUAUGGAUGUCGUGAAAAGUCGACUCCAAGCUGACGGGGUUUAUUUAAACAAAUACAAAGGUGUCCUGGAUUGUAUCUCCCAGAGUUACCAGAAGGAAGGUCUUAAAGUGUUUUUCAGAGGCAUCACGGUGAACACUGUGCGCGGCUUCCCCAUGAGUGCUGCCAUGUUCCUUGGGUAUGAGCUCUCGCUGCAGGCGAUCCGCGGGGACCACACCGUGACCAGCCCCUGAGCGCCAGCCAGCGUGAAAGUCCCAGGAGAACUGUGAAUGUUUCUUCACUUCUCUAUUGCUGGUGCCUCACAUGGAGCCUGACACAGAGAUGGCCACUCAGAAACAUCGUUGAGAAGACGGACGAUUAACUUCCACUAUCCCCUCAGCUCCUUCUCUUCUUUCCUCCCAUUUCUCCUUCUCUGGCUCCACACUGGUAACCUGCAGAGCUGAGAAGACAAAGGGGGAUGAGUCACCGAAUUUUCUAGUCAACAAGAAACCAUUUUGCUUCUGCCUUGGUGACCACCAAUUCUCUCAAGAAGGAUGGCCCUUCAGAAAGGUCUAGCAAACCUGCCUGCUGCCUCCCCUGGAACAGCAGCGGCCUGCUGGCAUGUGUCGAUGGGGCCAGACCCUAGACCCGGGGCAGGGCGGGAUGGAUCAGGCCGACAAGACUGAGCCCAGGACAAGCCCUGGCCGCCAGCUUUACAUCAGUGCUUUAGCUUUUCACUAAAGCACCACAUUCACCACUCUCCUGGCGCUUUGCCCUCUCUUACAAAAGGAAAAGAGGAGUAACACAUUUUGCAUACUUAAACAUCUUGAGUGAAGCGCUGCUGUCCUUGGGUUUUGUCCGGGGCAAGGCAGAAGAAUGGUCUGGUUCUCAAAGCUGUGCUCAGAUACCAACCGCUCCCCCCUGUGAACGGAGGAAAGUGGCUUUCCGGAAAAUCCUGUAAUAAAGUCAGUGCCUCUUUAUUGUAGAAAGAACAGAAAACGCAAAAAGAACAAAAUAAAAUGCCAAUUUUAUGCAAUAUUUUAUUCCUCAUUCUUCCCAUUUAAUAGUUCAGGACCAUCUUUCUAUGUGAUUAAAUAUUCAGCAGCAAGGUGGCUUGAGUGCCAAGACCUGGCAGCACUCGGAGUGGCUGGACACUUGCCUGAGCUGUCACACCAGCCACUUGUCACCACCCUGGAGACUGGCUACUUCAGGAGGAAGGAAGUUGUUUCUAGCAAGCCACAUUCUGUUGGUCCUGGAUUUGGCCUUUCCGAGCAGCGACCACCCCAGCUGGAAGCCCCUCUUUCUGAACAUCUUCUCACUGGACAGGAGGCCCAGACAGGUGCUGGCCUUGGCUCUGCAGGUGUGGGCCAGGAGGCUGUGGCUCUUCAGUGGAAGAGACAGCUCCCAGUGACUUUUCUGGAACCUCAUCCUGAACAAGUCUCACCCAAGGAGUUACACUUCCGAGGCCCUUUAUCAAGUCCUGGAUCUGAAUUUACCAAGUAGCUCUGAGUUCACAGGCAGGUCACGGUCUAGGUGGCAAUAGCAUCCAGUCUCUGAAGAUGUGGAAACCGGUGCCUCCCUUGGGAGUCCAGCCUGGGGACGGGGCGAGACAUUAUGGAUGUUAGAGAGCCACAGAACCCCGCAGGCCCUGCGAGGGGGCGGGAGGGGGACUCUCUCGCGUCCCUGGGUGUAGGUGGUGGGAUGGCACGGGAUUCUUUCCAGUGUCUGCAGGGAGCAGCUACCGACCCAGCUCCUCCAGCCUCCUUCCAGCAAGCAGAGGCAGAGUUCUCCCUCACCCCCAGCAGGUCCCAUGGAGGGAAAACACUGACUUUUCAUUCCUCCUCUCCAUUAUUUCUCCCCCAGGAUCCCACAUAUGAGUGACCUAAGGGCCGGAUGAAACCCAGUGAAUGCCACAUGAUGUGGUGGUUUGGGAUGUGGUUAGUUUUAUCUGUUCACAGGGAGAUAAUCAGACUCAGCACGAGAAAGAUGACCCUUGUUGGUAGAAGUGAGGUCCCAACCCUGGUCAGCAGUCAACUGUUCGGCUUGUUGGAAGCCCAUGAUUCCAGCUGGGCCAUCCCAUGCCCACCGACCAUGAUCCACUAUCCCAGUAGCUUCCUGGAGUGAUGCAGGUCUGCCUCCUGCUGUGACCUUCUUGCUCCAAACCUCAUUGAUCUACUUUCAAUCCCUGGAAAAUCCAUUUUUGAGGAAAGAAGAUACAUUCUUCCUGUAAUACCCUUUUUUUGAACAUUUAGGAAUAACCCCAGACAACCUCCUCUCCCUUCUCAUCUGUUCUCCUGGUGAGCCUCUGCCAACGGUUGCUUCACAGAAACUAUUUUCUCAGGGGCUUGUUGACCCUUAGGCCUUGCUGACUGAUAACCGUGGUUAGAUGAAAGCCCUAUUUUUUCAUCCUUUUUCCCCAGGGCCAGCGUCCCCUGGCCAGAGCUGGGGUCGUCUGACCACAGCCUCAUUUUGCUGCUGCUGAAGGCAGCCAUCUAGGAAACCCAUGGGAGUGAAUUUACUAAAGAGAAGGAAGGCUGCCCCUCCACCCAUGCUCUGGGCCGGGUGGGCACUCAGCCAUCGGCACUGACCUCAGAAUCCCUUCUUUCCUCGUUCCGAGGACUCUGGCCCUUCCCUCCUGGCCGGGGCCACUCAGCUGCUGCCCGGACAGGGAGUGGAGCACCACUGACUGACACCAGCUUAUUGAUCCGUCCUGGCCCCUGGGACAAAGCAGGGUAACAGGGACCCUGCCCGCACGCCAGCUGUGCACUCGCUGGGAGUUCCUUCCUGGAGGAGCUCCAUUGUCGCCACACUUCCGAAUAAAAACACCAAUAACCUCUUCAAGUCAUUUCUGAAUCAGAUAUUUCUGCCUGGGUUCCAGGGGACACUGGCCACCCUCAUUCUUCUCUCUGUUUAGAUCCCUGCGGAUGGCGCUGGCCCACAGAGCCCCUCUGUGCAGGUGAGAAGGGAAACGUAGGAGGGCAGUCAGGCCUCUCCUUGCCCAGCUGCAACAGGUGGGCAGGGAGGGCGUGGCGGAGGGACAGGAAGCCUCGUAAGGGCCUCCCCACGGGAGAGGUGGCAGGUGCUGAGAGGCACUUCGGAGGCGGUGGCGUCGAGCAUGCUGGGACGGGCAUUCUCUGGGUCUUAUUGUCUGAUGGAGAACAAAACACAAUAAAAUAUUUUGU